AUUACGAGGGGGUGGCUAUUCCUUGCAGCGGUGCUAUUCAACCAUUGACUCGUCAUCUUACCAAUGAAUUCAUUGUCACAAUUCCAGAUUCCAGACUUGUGGGAAGUCAAGGAUGUCAUCAACAAAGUACGCAAUGUCGUCUUGAAUUACACAGAGAUGGAAGCUAAAGUUCAUGAAGCGACGAAUAACGAGCCUUGGGGUGCCUCAAGCACACUGAUGCAGGAAAUCGCGCAAGGAACCUUCAACUACCAAUACUUUAACGAGAUUAUGCCCACUCUAUUCAAACGCUUCACCGAGAAAGAAGCUAAACAAUGGAGACAGAUAUACAAGGCACUCGUUUUACUGGAAUAUUUGGUGAAGAACGGCGCUGAGCGUGUCAUUGACGAGGCAAGAUCGCAUAUGGCUACCAUUAAAAUACUACGCAAUUUCCACUACAUAGAUGAGAAGGGUAAAGAUCAAGGAAUCAAUGUUCGUAACCGAGCAAAGGAGCUUGCUGAACUCCUUAGCGAUGUGGAGAAGAUAAAGGCUGAGAGGAAGAAGGCCAAGCAUAACCGCAACAAGUACACAGCCGUUUCUAGCUCUUCGGGCGGUGGUGGUGGUUAUAGUGGCGGUGGUAGCUCUUCUCGAUAUGGCGGCUUUGGCAGUGAUUCCGGCUACACUGCUGGUGGCAGUGGUAACGGUGGUUUCAGCGCAGGUGGCGGUUAUAGCGGAAGUGGUGGUUUCGGCGGAGGCUUUGAUGAUGACUUCUCUGAUUCAUACGAUAAAGGAAAAUACGAUGAUGAUGGAUCUUUUGAAGAUGAUGAUUCAAGCGACAAGAGUAAGACAAAGACAGCAAACUCGGAUACCAACUCAGCUGUUUCUCCUAAGCCAGCCAAGCAACCCGUUAAAGAGGUUAAUCUCUUUGAUUUUGAUGAGCCCACAACCUCACACACCAGCACACAGCCCACUUCCAACGUGGCUGACGAUGAUGAAUGGGGUACCUUUUCAUCUGGUGGAGUUGCGAAUGAUGACUUUGAUGAUUUCCAAAGCGCCGCCCCCAUCAGUUCUACCAAUACAUUUACAGCACCAUCUGCCGCAAGCUCCAAGGUGGCUGCACCAUCCAAGCCUGCUCAAAGCAACGAUUUGUUUGAUCUUCUUGGCGAUGAUAGCUUUGCACCCGCUCCUUCCAAUGUUAGCGCAGCUCCUGCCACAAUGAAUGCUCAAAAUAUGUCUUCAAUGGCACCCAUGGGUCAACAUGUAACUGCAAACAACCCUUCCAGCCCUCCUGCUACCACGGCAGGAAAGAGCAAUGACUUAUGGUCCCAAGCAUCGAGCUUGGUUUCUCUUGAUUCCCUCGGAAAAGGUAACAACCAAAACAAGCCCACUGUCGGACCUUCCAUGAAUUCAUUGAAGAGCAGUGCAACAGCGUCAGAGUGGAGCUCAUGGGCUAACGCCUCCUCAAAGCCUCCCAUGAACAACUUUGGUAGUUUCACCAGUCAACCUGCUCAGCAGCAACAGACUAAACCAUCUACGAAUGCGUUCGAUGACCUUUUGCUAUAGAAAAUUUUUCUUUUAUCUCAGUUCAUUAUGGAUAUGUAAAACGUUGACCUCCAUUGCUAUAGAGGUAUUUUAAAAUUAUCAUCUGUGGCAAACUCUCAUUCUCGUGUGGUUUUUGGGUCUAUGAAUAUGACACACCACAGCACAGUACAUUAAAUCAAAAAUCUAAAAAGCAAAGAUAUGCGCG